GUGUUAGGCGAAACCAAGGGGAGACGUUUACAUCUCCGAAUUUGUGUCCAUAAAUGUAUUUUUUUUAAUUUCGUGACGACCACGGCACGCUGGCCGCAUCAAAGGCUUUUGUGUGCUUAGGUCCACCGUGAAAGUCGUACUCUCGCGUGGUUGACUGACUUGUCAGACUCCCUCUCUUUCUCUCCUUCUCCCCUCCUUGACAGCCAGGGCUGCCCCCCGCCUCUUCACCACAUCAACCUGGGCGUUACUUGCAGCCAGACGACGCCGGGGAAUACACCCCCGCCAGAGGCCACCUUUAUCGCCAAGCGGGGAGUCGUUCCUACCAAACGCGGACAUGAAUUGUUGAUUGGAUGAAAAUGAACAAACCAAAAAUGGCCUCAGAGAAGGGUGUUCCCAGUACCUCCAAAGUGCAAAUACUACUGGCCCAACUAGAGAGGAUGACCGGCGACUCUAUGUUGAAGGACCCCGAAGCGAGCCGGCAGAUCACCUCCAAGCUUCUUCACCUCAUACAGACGCAAGAGAAGACUGGAAGGGAGGUGAUGUCCAAAGGCACCAGCGGCAUGGAAGUCAUCCUGUCUUCACUCGAGAGCACCCGGGACUCCCAGACCACCCUGAACAUCCUGUGCAUACUCAGUGAGCUGCUGACGUUGGGCAAAGGACGGCGGGUGGGAGCAUUUGUAUCAAAAGGGGGAACAGGCGUCUUACUCCGCAUUCUAAUCAGCGCCAGUCGAGAGGGUCACUCCAGCGAGGAGCUCAUGCUGCAGCUUCACUCCCUGCUGGCCAAGGUGGGCCUUAAAGACAGGAAGUUGGGAGUUAAGGCGCGUCUGAGCGGCGCCGUGAACGUCACCGUCAACCUGAUCAAGAAGAACCUGCAAAACAUCAAGCUGCUCCUGCCCUGUUUGCAGGUUCUCAGGGUUUACUCUGUCAACAUGGUUAACGCUAUAUCGCUGGGCAAAAGCGGUGCGAUCGAGCUCAUGUUUAAGAUUUUGGCGCCGUACAGCAAGAAGAACACCAGCCUGAUCAAGGUCACUGUAGAUGCACUGGCAGCUCUGCUCAAAUCCAAGACCAAUGCUCGCCGGGCGGUGGAAGCCGGCUACGUGUCUACCCUGCUGUCACUCUACAUGGACUGGCAUCGACACGAUACGUGGCAUCGUCACACUGUCAUACGCAAAGGGCUUCUGUGCUGCCUGCGCAACAUCACCAACAUCAGACUGGGCAGGAGAGCGUUCACCAACGCUGACGGCAUGCGGAUACUCUACAACUCAUCCAGUGAGUGCCUCACUGUGCGCACCCUGGAUCCUCUGGUGAACACUUCAAGUCUCAUCAUGAGGAAGUGCUUCCCCAAGAACCGCCUGCCUCUGCCCACGAUCAAGUCCGCUUUCCAUCACCAGCUGACGCAUGUCCUGCCCUCAGGGCCUGUGGCGCAAUUAUACAGCCAACCUCCCGGAGGAAGAACAAAUACUCAACUCUGCAACGAGCCUUUAAAGAAGGUGGACGACGUGGUGGACGACAGCGACGACAACGAGGACAUGGAUGCAGACACGGAGAUCGACACAGAGAACGAGGAGGACGAGAAGGACGAGAAGGAUCCUCGUUCUGUGAAUGAAGACAUCGAGAAGGACAUUAACAAGCUGCACCCCCAGAAGAGCCCGAGCCGACCUUUCGAAGAGUUAAAAGUUUACGAGAGGUUUUUCGUGGAGCUAACUGAAGACUUCCAGGGUCAUAACAUUGAUUGCUCCACCACUGCCGCAACCACAUCUUCAUCCUCCUCAGCCCGACCAUCCAGGCCAGUCAUCGUGCCCACAGCUCAGGCCCUCUCCCCGAAUCACGUGACCACGCAGAACUCUCAGGUGCUGUGCCCACCUCACAAAGGACGAGACCCCCUGUCGCCUCCCUCCACCGCCACGGCUCCUCUUCCUCCUCCCGCUUUACAGUUGGACACCCUCCGCUUCAGCAAGGAGCUAAGCAAAAAAGAGGAGAUGCAGCAGGAGCUCUUACACGCGCUGGAAUGCGUCUCCGUUAAAGCCGAGGCGUUUUUAAACGCGGACAAGCACAAAGGAUCUUCCAUCAGCACACGGAAACCCAGUCCUUCUCCUCUGCUUUUGGAGGGCAUCGCGAUCCGCUGUUUGGCUGGAGGAGGGUCAGACUGCGGGUCCGAGGGCACGGAGGACGAAGGCGCCGUCCUGGAGGUACCCGACACAGCCCAGCUUCUCCCGCUGCACGACUUGGACCUUUACGUGGAAAUGGUGAAGGGGACUCAUUCUGUCCCUCAGUACACUGAAGUGGCCUACCCAGACUACUUUGGACACGUGGCGCCCACGUUUAGGGAGCCCCUCCUGGAGAGAGUUUAUGGCGUACAAAGGUCCAAGAUUUUCCAGGAUAUCGAGAGGUUGAUACACCCAAAUGAAAUCUUGGAUAAAUUACUUUAUGACCUUGAUGUUCCCAGUUGUCCCGUGAUUGAAAGCGAUGGCGAGUCGUUGAAGUUCAACUCUCAGUUUGAGUCUGGCAACCUCAGGAAGGCCAUUCAAGUCAGGAAGUAUGAGUACGACCUGGUGCUGAAUUCGGACAUCAACAGCAACCACCAUCACCAGUGGUUCUAUUUUGAGGUGAGCGGCAUGCGCGUUGCAACCAUGUACCGCUUCAACAUCAUCAACUGUGAGAAGUCCAACAGUCAGUUCAACUACGGCAUGCAGGUGCUGAUGUACUCCGUUCAGGAGGCCAUCAUUGGCAGGCCUCGCUGGGUCAGGACAGGAACAGACAUCUGUUACUACAAGAACCAUUUUGCCAGGAGUUCUAUUGCAACAGGCGGCCAGAAAGGGAAGUCGUACUACACAAUGAGCUUCAGCACCAGCUUCAGACAUAAGGAUGACGUCUGCUACUUUGCCUACCAUUACCCGUACACGUACUCGUCUCUUAAGAUGCACCUGUUUAAAUUGGAGGCGAUGAGGACCCCCGAGAUCUACCUGAGACAGGACGUCCUGUGCGAAACUCUGGGUGGAAACAGCUGCCCGCUCCUCACUAUCACCGCCAUGCCAGAGUCCAACUCCAGCGACCACAUCUGUCAGUUUAGGAAUCGUCCAUUGAUCUUCCUGUCAGCCAGAGUGCACCCCGGAGAAACCAACGCCAGCUGGGUGAUGAAGGGCACGCUGGAGUUCCUGAUGGGCGCCAGCUCGCAGGCCGCCAGCCUGAGAGAGGCCUACAUCUUCAAGAUAGUGCCCAUGCUCAACCCUGACGGAGUCGUCAACGGAAAUGAUCGCUGUUCUCUGAGCGGAGAAGACUUGAAUCGCCAAUGGCAAAACCCCGACGCUGAGCUCCACCCGACCAUCUACCACACCAAGAGCCUGCUGCAAUACCUCGCACACACGCAGAGAGCACCGCUGGUAUUCUGUGACUACCACGGCCAUUCCAGAAAAAAGAACGUAUUCAUGUACGGCUGCAGUGUAAAAGAAACAAUCUGGCAGACUAACAUCAGCGCAGCUUCCACUGAGCUACAGGAGGACCUUGGAUACAGGGCCCUUCCAAAGAUCCUCUCCCAGAUUGCUCCGGCCUUCAGCAUGGGCAGCUGCAGCUUUGUGGUGGAGCGCUCCAAAGAGUCGACGGCACGCGUGGUUGUGUGGAGGGAGAUCGGUGUGCAGCGCAGCUACACCAUGGAGAGCACCGUCUGUGGCUGUGACCAAGGCAAAUAUAAGGGCUUUCAGAUUGGCACCAGGGAGCUGGAGGAGAUGGGAGCCCAGUUCUGCGUGGCCCUGCUGAGGCUGAAGAGAAUGACGGGUGUCCACAACCACCAACACCUGCUGGACCUGGAGAGCGACCUCAUCGGCACGCAGCCCAAAGUGGUCAGGUGUUUGUCUACUCAACUGCAGAGAGUACCAGGGGUUAAAUUGAGCAGUUGCUCCACAACCUACGUGAUGGACGAGGAUGAGCCGUCCUUCCUGGAGGCGGUGGACUACAGCGCCGAGAGCAACGACGAGGACGGCGAGGCCGACAGCGAGGCCGGCGCCAGCAGCAGAGUCAUGUCGGGGACUCCCGACUCGUGUGCGGUGCGACUGUCGGACUCGGAGAGCAGUAAGGAAGCCUGGAAAACUGGAUGCGUCGCCAACCAGUGACUUUUAUUUGUUUUGACUUAUUGUUUUUUUAUCCAAGCUAAGUUCCACACACCCCUCAGCCCCUCCAGAAACUGCCCCCUCAACAUUUACUUACUCUGUGACGCUUCCCGUUGGGCCAAAAUCUCGCCAGGGCGCACCGUCUUUAAAAAGAAGAAAAAAAGUCACAAUUAUUUACAUAGUACAAACUCAACAGGCCUUAGGACCCCCGCUGUUGUUUGCCUUUGCACUUUUUUGUAUUUUCUUCCUCAUAUUAUUGCUUUUCUUGCUCCCAUAUAGUAACGUGGUGGACAUAAGAGGAAGGGAAACAACCUACGUACCAAAAAUGGCCCCCAAUAAAGGGGAACUGCACUUAGAAAAAUAGUGUAUCAUUCACAAUCCUUAUACAACACAAGCACACAUAUAUUGUUCUUUUUUUACGCAUUCUAAAUUGUAAACAAAUGCUAGCAAUAGUUGGAUAACAACGCUGGUAAUGGAGAUUUGUUGUAUUCCAUGCUCUGAAAAAAAUUCCAAAAAACUCCCUACAUUUUUCUAUACACGCUUAAAGUGUAUAUAAAAAUGUAGUAACCGGCACAUUCACAUUUCCUGAAGGAACCCUCCUGAAGGAAUCAAUAAAGUACUAUCUAUCUAUUAACAUGUAAUAUUUACGUAUUUUGGCUCAUUUUAAGCAUUGGGCGGUGCAUGAAUUUCACAGACGCAUUACAACGUUCGCUUUUUCUUCAACGACACCACUACUCUCGGUACUACUUUAGGACAAAUGAUGAUCCAGAACCUUCAUUUUUUUGAGCCUGAAUAUAAGGAGGAUGAGCUACACGUUUUAGAAGCUGUGAGGAAGAUCCAGCUUUAGUGAAACACUAAGCAUCAUGUGGCAGUAUCGCUCAGUGCAAAACAAGAAAUACAAACUACGGACAUGAUAAAACAAUCAAUGGCCUAGUGGUUAGAGUGUCCGCCCUGAGAUUGGUAGGUUGUGAGUUCAAACCCCAGCGGAGUCAUACCAAAGACUAUAAAAAUAGGACCCAUUACCUCCCUGCUUGGCAAUCAGCAUCAAGGGUUGGAAUUGGGGGUUAAAUCACCAAAAAUGAUUCCCGGGCGCGGCCACUGCUGCUGCACACUGCUCCCCUCACCUCCUAGGGGGUGAAUAUUGGGAUGGGUCAAAUGCAGAGGACAAAUUUCACCACACCUGGCGUGUGUGACAAUCAUUGGUACUUUAACUUUAUCUUUAAUCACUUACUGUGCAAUGUCUGCUCUCGCUGGGAUGCCGACUGACGGGAGUUUCGUAUCUUCCUGUAUUUAAUGAAAAAUUAAAUAUAAUCUACAAACGGGUAACAAAAAAAAAAAGGUGACGCAAACGAGCGACUUUUCGUUUAUUUCUCAAAGCCAAAGUUGACCAACUUCUCGGUUUUUGCCACAACCUCCAGGUGAGAGGCAUGAUUUAUAAUAUAUAAUUAACUUUCACCAACUCAGAGCAGCCAAUGCAGAAGCUCACCGGCUCAAUAUGUCAUAAUGGCAGCAUAAGUUAGUUAGUGCUAAAAAACAGCACUGAUGACACCAUCCAUUCAUUUUCUACCGCUUGUCCCUUUUGGGUUUGCUGGAGCUUAUCUCAGCUGCACAUGGGUGGAAGGCGGGGUACACCCUGGACAACUGGCCACCUCAUCGGCCAACACAGAUAGACAGACAACAUUCACACACUAGGGCCCAUUUAGUGUUGCCAAUCAACCUAUCCCCAGGUGCAUGUCUUUAGAGGUGGGAGGAAGCCGGAGUACCCGGAGGGAACCCACGCAAUCACGGGGAGAACAUGCAAACUCCACACAGAAAGAUCCCGAACCUGGGUUUGAACUUGGGACUACUCAGGACCUUCGUAGUAUGAGGCAGAUGCACUAACCCCUCUUCCACCAUGCUGACAAUACCAAUAUUGCUAUUACUUGGUUAACACUCACGUCGUGGGAUAUAAAUGGAGUAUUUUGGGCAGUUUUUGGAUGUUUUUUUUUAGGAGGGCUCUAUGGGCAGAAUUGUAUGCUUACCAUUACCAUAUCAACUUUAUUUAUAAAGCCCUUUAAAAAAACAACCACAGUUUAAGAACAAAGGGCUGUACACCACAAAGAAGUAGAGGCAAAGGACAGACUAAAAACAACAUUAAAAACAGAUCUAUCCAUCUAUCUAUCCGUCUGUCUGUCUGUCCGUCUGUCAUCUAUCCUUCCAUCUACCCAUCUAUCCAUCCAUCUAUCUAUCUAUCUAUCUAUCUAUCCAUCCAUCCAUCCAUCCAUCCAUCCAUCCAUCCAUCCAUCCAUCCAUCCAUCCAUCCAUCCAUCCAUCCAUCCAUCCAUCCAUCCAUCCAUCCAUCCAUCCAUCCAUCCAUCCAUCUAUCUAUCUUUAAAAACAACCACAGUUGAAGAACAAAGGGCUGUACACCACAAAUAAAAAGAAGCAAAGGACAGAAAGUAAAAUACACAUUGAAAAAGUAAAUACCAAUUACCCUAAGCACAAUUUGUUGGAUAAAAAGCAGUUAAAAAACUGUUUAAAGUCUCAUGCUGGGUUAUAAGCCAGUGAAUAAAAAUUGUUUUUUAAGAAGGGUCUUAAAAAUAACCAAAGAAGGGGCCGGUCUCACAUGGAGAAGGGAGAUGGUUCCAGAGUUUGGGACCCACAACAGAGAAGGUUCUGUCCCCUCUGAGCUUGCGCUUUGAUACUUCCAUUAGCUCCAUUGUUAGCCACCUCUUACUUACCAUAUUUUACAACUUAGAACGCAUUUAAAAGAAGAAAAACACACGUUUUUGUCUUACAUAAGGAUUGUGAAUGAUAGACAGAAUUCCUCCUAGAAUAAAAGUGCAGUUCCCCUUUAAGGCCCGUGAGAGAGACCCCCAUUUUGGAUCCCUAAGCUAUUUGAACCGCUUGAUGGACUGACCAUUAAACGGCCUUCUCCGUCUCACCCUGCACUUGAACCACCCCUCCAGCGUUGGGGGGUUUGAGUACGAGGACACUUCCUGUCCUUACCUUGCACACAAAGUGUUCCCGUGUGGAAGAAUAACACUUUGAAAAAACACUUGACCUCACAUCUUCUUUCCCCUCACGGACAGUGGAACCUCCAAAGUCGUGCAAUUUCCGUAUGUAAAUACGCCGGUGACGUCACAAGAAAUGUGCGUUAUGUCAUAGCAAGAAUAUAUACAGUCGUGUCCAGGUCGUAUUUGUACAGUUGCUCCGUCCAACCAUCGUGUGUUUUGCUUUGUAUUCGGGUUUUGUUUAACGUGAUGUUCCGGGAAAAAAACAAAAAAGCGGUGUGUGGAGGUAGUGCACCUCCGGGUUCUUCGGACCACCCAGGAGAGACAUGACAGCCUUGACGGUUUUGUGAUUUGGUUUAUUUUUCAAUAAACCCACCACUCUGCUUUUGAGCCAUCCGCUCUCGUCUCCGUCUCGCUCGCGCUCGGGUUUUGUCUCCGCCAUCAACAACUCACAACUUCUCCAACCGCUUCCUUUCCGGCUGCUGCCCUUUUAUAGAGUGACAGGCGAUGAGACAAACACGCCCAGGUGGGCCAUCUACGCACCUGUCGCCGAUCUCGUAGCUGGCCCCCGGCACACCCCGCCUCGCCGCAGGCCACGCCUCCUCACACAGUCCUUAACUUCUUUUUACACUUGCCUGACAAGAGUGGAUUGUUAUAUACAAAGGUACUCGAAGCAGUGAGAAUCCCGUUACCAAACUGAAGUAGAUUUUUGUCUGUUUUCACGGUUGUAAAUUCUUUAUGUGACGAAUAAGAUGUUUACAUUUUUUUCAAAAAGGAGCAAGAGGCGCACCUGUGACACCAAACACCUCCAGUUUGUCACGACUUAUGUUCAACGGCGGUUAACUUCUUAUUACACUCGAGUGACACUAUAGUGGCUUCCGAAGGUCAAAAAGUAGAGAUGUCCGAUAAUGGAUUUUUUGCCGAUAUUGUCCAACUCAUAAUUACUGAUUCCGAUAUCAACCGAUACCGAUAUAUACAGUCGUGGAAUUAACACAUUAUUAUGCCUGGUUUUGUUGUGAUGCAUUAAACAAUGUAACAAGGUUUUCCAAAAUAAACCAACUCAAGUUAUGGAAAAAAAAUGACAACAUGGCACUGCCAUAUUUAUUAUUGAAGUCAUCACAAAGUGCAGUUUUUUUUUAACAUGCCGCAAAACAGCAGUUUGGAAUUUGGGACAUGCUCUCCCUGAGAGAGCAUGAAGAGGUUGAGAUGGGCGGGGUUGGGGUGGGGGGUGUAUAUUGUUGCGUCCCGGAAGAGUUAGUGCUACAAGGGGUUCUGGGUAUUUUCUUCUGUUGUGUUACGCUGCGGAUGUUCUCCCGAAAUGUUUUGUCAUUCUUGUUUGGUGUGGGUUCACAGUGUGGUGCAUGUUUGUAACAGUGUUAAAGUUGUUUAUACGGUCAUCCUCAGUGUGACCUGUAUGGCUGUUGACCAAGUAUGCGUUACAUUCACUUGUGUGUGUGAAAAGCUAUAGAUAUUAUGUCACUGGGCCGGCAUGCAAAGGCAGAGCCUUUAAGUUUUAUUGGCGCUCUGUACUUCUCCCUACGUCUGUGUACACAGAGGCGUUUUAAAAAAUCAUUAAUUUUACUUUUCGAAACUGAUACCGGAAAUUUUGAAAUCGAUAAUUUCCAAUCUUACAUUUUAAAGCAUUUAUCGGCUGGUAAUAUCUUCAGCCCGAUAUUAUCGAACAUCUCUAUCAAAAAAGUUCAGUAUUAAACUACUCAGCUACGCUCUCACGGGUCAAAUAUCUGUUCAUUAAACACGACUUCUUUUUACACUUGCGUGACAAGUAAAUCUCCCAUUCAUAGUUUAUAUAAACAUGUUUCCCUCUACAGGGAGCUCUUACUUGCUGUCCUCAGAAUGUCAGGUAGUGCAAGUUUCCAUUACAAAUAUAAAAAAAAUAUAUACAAUAUUUAGAAAAAAGAGGUUUGUGCAAAUAUUUAUGUGCAACUUCCACUGAGACUCCUCAUAUGAGCAUUAUUAGCACGCCGCUUUACACUCCGAGCUGAAAUAGACACUAGCGUGAGAACUUAGAAUGCUAGAAAUGUGAGUUAGACGGCGUUCUUGCGUCCUAAUGUAAGUCUUGCCUGGCUUGUAUGACUGUAGUCACGUUACACUGGAGGUAACAGAGUUCAAAGCUGAGGUUGGCAACAUGCGACGUGUGGGCCAUAAUAAGCUGCACAAAAGCACGAUGCAGCCUAUUAAUAACAAAAUGUUAUAACUAGAGAUGUCUGAUAAUGGCUUUUGUGCUAAUAUCCGAUAUUCCAAUAUUGUCCAACUCGUAAUUACCGAUUCCGAUAUCAACCGAUACCAAUAUAUACAGUCAUGGUAUUAACACAUUAUUAUGCCUAAUUUUGUUGUGAUGCCCCGCUGGAUGCAUUAAACAAUGUAACAAGGUUUUCCAUAAUUAAAAACCCCAUUUCCAUAUGAGUUGGGAAAUUGUGUUAGAUGUAAAAAUUAACGGAAUACAAUGAUUUGCAAAUAAUUUUCAACCCAUAUUCAGUUGAAUGCACUACAAAGACAAUAUAUUUGAUGUUCAAACUCAUAAACAUUUUUUUUUGCAAAUAAUAAUUAACUUAGAAUUUCAUAGCUGCAACAUGUGCCAAAGUAGUUGGGAAAGGGCAUGUUCACCACUGUGUUACAUCACCCUUUCUUUUAACAACAAGGAAACUAAUUGUUGAAGCUUUGUAAGUGGAAUUAUUUCCCAUUCGUGUUUUACGUAGAGCUUCAGUCGUUCAACAGUCCGGGGUCUCCGCUGUCGUAUUUUACGCUUCAUAAUGCGCCACACAUUUUUGAUGGGAGACAGGUCUGGACUGCAGGCGGGCCAGGAACGUACCCACACUCUUUAUUUACAAAGCGAUGCUGUUGUAACACGUGCUGAAUGUGGCUUGCUGAAAUAAGCAGGGGCGUCCAUGAAAAAGACAACGCUUAACUGGCAGCAUAUGUUGUUCCAAAACCUGUAUGUACCUUUCAGCAUUAAUGGUUUCUUUACAGAUGUGUAAGUUACCCAUGCCUUGGGCACUAAUGCACCCCCAUACCAUCAUAGAUGAUGGCUUUUGCACUUUGCGUCAAUAACAGUCUGAAUGGUUCGCUUCCCCUUUGGUCCGUAUGACACAAUGUCGAAUAUUUCCAAAAACAAUUUGAAAUGUGGACUCGUCAGACCACAUAACACUUUUCCACUUUGCAUCAGUCCAUUUUAGCCCUCUCGGGCCCAGAGAAGCUGGCGGCGUUUCUGGAUGUUGUUGAUAAAUGGCUUUCGCUUUUCAUAGUAAAGCUUUAACUUGCACUUACAGAUGUAGCGACGAACUGUAUUAGGGACAGUGGUUUUCUGAAGUGUUCCUCAGCCCAUGUGGUGAUAUCCUUUAGAGAUUGAUGUUGGUUUUUGAUACAGUGCCGCCUGAGGGUUCGAAGGUCACAAUCAUUCGAUGUUGGUUUCCUGCCAUGCCGCUUACAUGGAGUAAUUUCUCCAGAUUCUCUGAACCUUUUGAUGAUAUUUUGGACCGUAGAUGUUGAAAUCCCUAAAUUUCUUGCAAUUGCACUUUGAGAAACGUUAUUCUUAAACUGUUUGACUAUUUGCUCACGCAGUUGUGGACAAAGGGGUGUACCUCGCCCCAUCCUUUCUUGUGAAAGACUGAGCAUUUUUUGGGAAGCUGUUUUUAUACCCAAUCAUGGCACCCACUUGUUCACAAUUAGGCUGCACACCUGUGGAAUGUUCCAAAUAAGUGUUUGAUGAGCAUUCCUCAACUUUAUCAGUAUUUAUUGCCAACAUUCCCAACUUCUUUGUCAUGUGUUGCUGGCAUCAAAUUCUAAAGUUAAUGAUUAUUUGCAAAAAAAAUUAUCAGUUUUAACAUCAAAUAUUUUGUCUUUGUAGCAUAUUCAACUGAAUAUGGGUUAAAAAUUAUUUGCAAAUCAUUGUAUUCCAUUUAUAUUUACAUCAAACACAAUUUCUCAACUCAUGGAAUCGGGGUUUGUAAAUCAACUCAAGUUAUGGAAAAAAAGUCAUAAAUUUUACUUUUUUAAACCGAUACCGCUAAUUUCCGAUAUUGCAUUUUGAAACAUUUAUCGGCCGAUAACAUCGGCAGUCCAAUAUUAUUGGACAUCUCUAGUUAUAACGCAUAAUAUUGCUUCUUUUUACACUUAUAUGACAGUUAGGAGUGUUAAAAUGAGACUUUUAGGUUUUAGUCAGGCCACAGUUCGCCCUUGGAGCAAAUAAUUUCCUACGGUGUCGAAAUCCUAGCACCGACCCCAGAAACGGGACUCUCUGUAUACUUUGUUUACCUGGCUGGAUCCACAAGGUGUUAUCAUCUAUUCUGCAACACGGAUGUUGAUGCAAAGAAAGUGUGUGUAUGAUUAGCCGCAAUGCAACAAGAAGAAGAAAACAAACCCGCGCACUCCGAGCUUUAAUAUGUCAUGUCAGUGUUUUUGCAUUUUGAGGAACAAACUGAAGACCAAAGGUCACUUAUCACCUGUAGCGCCACCUAAAGCUCAACUUGCCGAUGUUUUAGUCUGAAGUUGGUCCCUUUAUACUCUCUUGCUAUGUGCAGUAUACAAACACAUAUAUAUCAUAUACCGUACAGUAGACCUACCAUGCUGAAAACCAACAUGGUGCUUUUUGACUGUUGCUAUAGCGACAAUUUAUUUCAUUGUUUCUUUCUGCUACAUGUUUUUAUUUUUUAUGAUUCUACAUUUGCACUGUUUUUUGCCCUCUUUGCUAUUUAGGUAGUAAUUUUUUGAAUAUUGUUUUACUUGGGACGCAACCUGUGUGUAUUGCUGUAUGAGGCAUUUCAGCUCGUGAGUGCCUAAGUGUGUGUGUGUGUACAUUUUUUAAGUUAGUCCAUUACUCAAGCUGUGCUAAUGCGUGUUCCCUCUCUUCUAUUUGAUUACACCCCCCUCACCAUUUUUCCCUUCCAUCUAAAGCAUCUUUCUCCAUUUAUUUAUUUAUUUUUAAUUUUUUAAAACCUACUUGCUUUUUAUUAUACUCAAAAGUGCGUGUGUGUGUGUGUGAUGGUAAAACGGUGAUUUGUUUUAAGUGUUUAUGCAAAAGUGAGAAAUAAAAUGUGAAAGUGA